AUGAAGGCUUUUUUUCUUCUUCUUAUUUCUUUUUUGGCAUUUCUCCUCUACACAUUGAUUCAUUGGAAGGAAAUACAGAAUUUCAGGAGACAAGAUGAUGAUGAUGAUGAUGGUGGUGGUGAUGAUGAUGAUGUUGAUGAUGAUGAUGAAAACGAAAAGAACAGGAAUCAAGCAAUAGUGGGGGCUGCUAUUACAUCUAGAAGAGGGGUGAAAAAAAGAUGGAAGCUGAGGGAAGAAGGGACCAAUGAAGUGAGGGACAGUGAAACAAGGGAAAGGGACAACAAGGUAGAGGAGUGGAAAAAGGGAAGAGAUGGGGGGCAAAAAGGCGAGAGGGGAGUGUGGAGAGGAAGAAAGAGGGGAGUCGGAGUGGGGCUGGGUGAACGGUGUGAACACGAUGAAGGCGAUGAAGACGAAGACGGAGAAGUAGAAGAAGAAGAAGAAGAAGAAGAAAUAGAAGAACGAGAAGAAGGCAAAGAAAACACGGGCACGGGUAAAAGAUCCAUCCAUAUUGUGCCCUUUAUGGCGCCAAAACAAAUAAGCAAAGCAUCCGGAGUGGAAGACAAGGACAGAGGGGUGGGGGGUAACACAAUUACAAUGUAUUUGUUGUCUUUUACUAAAAAUGGUGUACAAAUGGUGAUGUCUCUGUGUCCGCGCCAAAGAAGCAUCGUGUUUACUUAG